AUGUAUGUUCAUGAAUAUCUGGUGCAUAUUGGCGCCCAAAAAACGGCGAACUCUUUUCUGCAGGAAAUUCGAUGGGACAAAUCUAUAAGUGUUGGUGAACCCCCUGGUUUUCUUCAUUCUUGGUGGAGUGUUUUUUGGGAUUUGUAUAGCGCUGCCCCAGAACGACGGGAUACACAUGAACACACAACGGAGGCAAAAGCUUUUUAUGACUAUGGUUUUGUGAAUUCUGGGUACCCUAACGGCCUGCCUCAUGAGCAUUGUAUGCCAGGACGUCCCAUGCCAAACGCGCCUCCAUUUAUGCAUCGAGUUUCUCAACCUGGUCCACAUCCCGGUCUUCAAGGACCAGUGACUAGUAUGCCUCCAACUUUGGGCGGUGGCCCACCGGAAACCCUUGGUGGCGGUGCAAUGCGUCAACGUCCUACUCUUCCACCGAUGAUGCCGGGUGGUCAGCCCCCAGGUCCUCCGAUGCACCCUUCUAUGCGAUUUCAUCAGUCUCCCUAUGGACCACCUGUCGGGGGAAUGAUGCCAGGUCCGCCGGGACAUCCGCACAUGCCCCCGAGGGCGCGUUGGAUGGGUCCCGGAGGGCCCCAGCCACAGCAAGCUCCUCCUCCAGUACCUCAACAACAGCCACCUUGCAGCGGCGUCGGCCCUCCUCUCCCGCCUCAGGCCUCUGGUGGAGGUGGUGGUGGCAUGGCUGCAAGUCCUGGUCACCCUGGCACUCCUGGUGGCGCUCCGCCCCAUGUAGCUAGUCCUAAUAAUGGCAAUAAUCCUAAUCCCGAAUCUCAGCCCCCUCCAUCACACUAUGCCCCACAACAACAGACAUCGCCUGCAUCUUCGUCGAACCUCCCCAACGACCAACAGUCUCAACCACAGCCAAUCUUUACAAACCGAACUGAAUUUGAUGGUGGACCUGCUGUUAUCAUGAAUGGCGGGAAUGGCAGAAGCAGUGGUCCUAUGAUGCCGCCUCCUCCUCCAGAGUACGGCCUUCCGCCAAAUUCCGGUGGUCCAGGCUUGCCCUACCCUGGUCCUGAUGUCAAAAUGUCUCCUAUGCAUACGGUGGACAUGAUGGGUGGGCCUCCACCCAAUGGACCAGGUCAGCAGUCGAUGAUGAUGCCUUCGGAAUACGGAGGGGGACCACCCGGUAGUGGAGGAGGCACCGGUGGACCUGGGAGUGGCGGCGGUGGUGGAGGGGGCUUCGUAGGCGCACCACAGCCUCAGAUUCCACCGGAGAUGAUGACUGGUGGGCAACCACCGGGGAAUGGAGGUUCGUCCCAGCCUCCACCGUCAACCUCGGGUCCGCCUAUGAUGCAACCUCAGCAGCCGCACAACGUGGUCGCUUCAGGACAGGCACCUCCUCCACCACAGUAUUUGUCUUCGACUGGUGGGCUUUGUGGCGGUGGCCAAGUUCAAUUUCCGGCUCUGACCUUCCUUCCUUGUAGCAAGAAUACACAUUCAACCCGAUCUCAUAACCCUGAGGGUGCAGACCUUCAUGGCUUUGAAGGUAGCGUAAUGAAAGUGGUUUUGACGGUGCUUUGCGACGGCGUAUUUAUCCUUCAUGUCUCCGCUCCCUUGUUGUCGGAGUGGGCGGUUUCACAUUGGCCUCCUGUACAUUCUCUUCCUCUCCAGGUCCUUCAACACUUCCCGUUUUUUGGCCUCCACGCACAUGCAUCCGCACACACGCACACGGACACCACCUCCAUCACAACGGUUUUUAACUUCCCUGAACUUUUGCAUUUAGCUCCAGACACUCCCUGUUCGAUGGUAUCCUGGUGCACCACUCACCCAACUGAGCCACCCGUUGAUCUUUUUUAA